AUGGAACCAAUAGGUUUCGCCAUCGGCGUGGUUGGUCUGGGAGGGUUGGUCUCGACAUGCAUACACAGCUACGCGAAACUCCAGCACAUGCUCAACAUGGCAGAGGAGACGGACUUUGCAAUCAACAAGAUGGACAUCGAGCGGAUCCGCUUUCUACAGUGGGCCGAAUCAUGCCGGGACACAGACAACUGCUCAAAAACAUCGCGACGAACUGGCAGCUACGCCGACCCUGUCAUCCAGAAGACCUUACAACACAUGCUCAUAUCCCUUGGCCGCGCGGCCACCCUCCAGCAGAAGUAUGGCGUCACAGAUCGUCGCGACUCACGCAAUUACAAUAAGAACGGAAACAAGAUCGGCUUCAGAUCAAAAGUGGGCUAUGCUAUAUCCGGUCGAGAGGAGUUCGAGGAGAUCAUUGCACAGCUCAGCUAUUACAACGAGCGUCUUCCGACUCUGAUACCGAGCCGCAAGGCCCGUCAGGAGAUCGCCAGGGCACUGUCUCGUCGGCCGCAGUUGUUUGAGGACGACGAAGCGUGGGACAAUGAUGACCCUCCUGCGUGGGGCAAUGGUGCUGCUGGUGUCGCUGCCCAAAUAGCCACUACUAUGGAGCAUGGUCUAAGAAGAAGACGUGAGCAGAGUCGUGACCGUGGACUGGGCGCGAGACAGAUGAAACGGGUAUACUUCGACGACGGCGACCAGAAACAGGCGAAGGAGUCAUCGCAGGACUAUGGGAGUUCGAGGCCACGCUAUACGGACGACAGAUAUCAGGCACGAUAUGACGGCGAUGAUGACGACUACGACGGCUACGACUAUAUCAGGCGCGAUCUAGCACCACCACCGUCGUACAGCAAAUCACAGUACUCCUCUAAAAGUCGGCAUUCGAAUAACUCAUAUGCGUCCAAUAUCAGUCGCAAGUCAAAUAGUGACGCAGCUCGAGAGAUGUGGGGAGAUCUGACGUUCAGGAAUAGGGGAAGUAGGUCGACUUACAGGUAG